GUUUUGCUUGCUUUGGGUUGGUUUGUUGUUUUUGCAAAAUUAUUGUUUGGUAUCGAGUGGAGACAAAUUACAGAAAAAAUUAAACAAGUAGAGAAAUUCAUCAUCAGUUUUUCAUAAAUUGUUUGUCUUUUGUGUUGAAAAGAAGUUAAAAUCGUAUUUAACAGUUAAAAUGGAGAAUGUUAAUAAUGUGGAUAAAGUAGAAAAUGUGGACGAGGUAUCAACCAAUCCCUUGGAGGAAUCUAGCGUUACUAUGUUAGAUGUUUUGGAAGAGGAAAAAGAGUUGGAGGAGGAAUAUGCUGCCGUACUUGGAGCAUCGGACGAAAAAAGUUGUACGUAUAUUCUUGGACCUGUCAAACGACAGGCAUUGUAUUCUUGUCUGACAUGUUGCCCAGAGGCUCGCAAUGAUUUGGAGAAAUGUGCUGGCAUUUGUUUGGCUUGUUCUUAUCAAUGCCAUGAGAAUCAUGAAUUGGUUGAAUUAUACACAAAGAGGAACUUUCGUUGCGACUGUCCGACAGAGCGUACAGGUGUAAAUCGUUGCACUUUAAAUGCGGAACGCAAACAACCCGAAAAGGCCAACGUUGGUAAUUUGUAUAAUCAAAAUUUUCAGGGGUUGUAUUGUACAUGUCAUCGCCCGUACCCUGAUCCAGAACGUACAACAGAUGAGCUAAUGUUGCAGUGCGUAGUUUGCGAGGACUGGUUCCAUUUGCAUCACUUAAAUGCACCCCCAAAUGCCGAUAAGCUUGUAGAUGCAUGUAGUGAAAUGAUAUGCAGCGUCUGUAUGGAUAAGCAUACAAUUUUGCAAGACUACACCGGAUUGGCAUUGAAAAAAGUGGAAAGUUUAGAUGAAACCGUUGAAGGUAAUUUAAGUGUUGUAGGCAGUGCAGAAGUAACCAGAUGUGAGGAUAACGAUGACAACAAAUUGAAGAGCGAUUUGGAUAAAAGUAUUUCAGAAAUAAUGAAUAUGAGUGAUACAAAUGGUUUAGUAAAAGCUGGAGAAGAACCGUCUGCCAAACGACAAAAACUGGAACAAGGUGAAGAAAAGACCGACGAAACAUGUCGUAGACCCAAUCAAAAGGAAAAUUAUGAAAAAGGGCCAACAUUUUGGGGACCAGACUGGAAGGCCGCCUUAUGCCGUUGUACGGCUUGCAUGUCUAUAUAUGAAACUGAAAAAAUUGAAUUUCUCUUGGAUCCUGAAGAUUCAGCUAAAAGUUAUGAAGAGCGUGGCAUUAAGAAACAUGGAUCCGAAUCAUCGUAUGAACAAGGCAUUCGUGCUUUAGCUUCUAUUGAUCGUGUACAGCAAAUUGAUGUCAUAACCGAAUACAAUCGAAUGAAGGAUAAACUUAAAGAAUAUUUGCAAACAUUUGUGGCCACCAAAAAAGUAGUCACUGAAGAAGACAUAAAUCGUUUCUUUGCGGAAAUGCGUAAUGAGAAAAACGUUCAAAUUGGUUUGCCCUACAUGUGUCGCUAAGAUACAACAAAUAAAUUACUAAAUAUUAUUAAUGGAAAAUUACAUUUAUAAACUUAAAUAACGAAUAUAUUUGUCUGUCUAUAUACAUAUAUUAUACAUACACACAUAUUUUAAUAAAUUGCUAGUAAUCCGCGAUAUUCGGUAUGCAUACAUUCCCAUUUAUUAUCACUAUUUUUUUUUUCUCUAAAUAAUUUAUGUUUAUUUUUGUUGAUGCAAGGUUCUUAUUAAAUAAAAGUUAUUAUACUCCCAAAAA